GAAAAAAACAAAAAACGAAAAAAAAAUAAAAUUAGUAGCCUAACUUUUCGCUCUUCCUCCCUGACAGUCGCCGGCCACCUCUUCUACUCCUUCCCGAUCCGCAGCAGCCGCCGACCACCUUCCCUCCUGCUCGUUUUCUUCUCCGGCGGCGACCACGCAGCAGACCCACGAGCAAGCGACGAAAAGUCAGCCUGACGAAGGCUCUGCGACAGCAGCACUGCAGGUUUAAUGCACGGCGGGCGAUGGUACAAUGACGACGAAACCCACGAAUUGAACCUGCGAGCACCCUCUUCGAACGGUUGCAUUCAGGCUUUCGCAGCAGUGUUUUCUCUCCGUUCGAGACUACGGCGCGAACAAUCAGGUUUCCGACGAUUGUGAGUCUUUUAGCAGUGUUUUUUACUUUGGAGUAAGCUUUAGGCUGUUAUCCACUCUCCGGUUGGCCUCAAAUCGGAUUACCUCGGACGUUUUCGAACGCCAACCCACAAGGUUCGGAGCUUUUUGUAAGAUUUGAAACUGAGAAUGGGGAAGCUGAAAGACAACAGUAUCUCAGGGCACUUACCUACUGCCCAGAAUUUUGCAGUUCACUAUCCUGGUUAUCCUUUGUCCAAGCGUCGGGCAAUUGAAAGUCUAGGAGGAACACAAUCAAUUCUCAAGGUUCGUGAUAUCCAAUCAAGUAAGUUAGAGCUUCGCUUUAGACCGGAAGAUCCAUAUUCACAUCCGACAUAUGGGGAGCUUCGCCCAUGCAGUUGUUUUCUUUUGAAAAUAUGCCAUUCAAAAAGUGAUACUAUCGAGGGAAUCAUGAAAGUUGAAAAAGAAGUACCUAGAGAAGAUGAAGCCAACCUUGAUUUUGAGAUGGUUGCUCGUGUGCCUGAAGCAUAUCAUUUUGAGGGCAUGAUUGACUACCAACACGUCAUUGCUGUUCAUGCGGAUGCUACCCGGAGGAAGAAGGGGAAUUGGGCAGAAAUGCACGAACCAUGUUUAGGGAAGGGUAAUGCCGUUGAUGUGGACAAGGAGGAUACUAUGAUUUUAGUUCCUCCAUUAUUUUCGAUUAAGGAUGUGCCUGAAAAUUUAGUGUUAAAAACACCUGGCGUAUAUGUUCCAAGAAAGAAAUCAGAAACUAUACAUAAUCCUUACAAAGAAAUUCAUGAGGUGGAUAUAGAACCUGUUCUUGCAAUUGAUUUUAACAUCAAAGAUAUCCUUGGUUGUUUAUACUGCGAUAUUUUAUUGUUAUUUUUUCUUUUUUGCGAAAACUUAAUAUGUUUUGGUUGCAGGAGUAUUUUCUUGUUAUCCUUAACUACUUUUCAUGCAUGUUUACUUGUUAAAUUCACUGUAUGAUAAGUGAUAUACGUAAUAAAUAUCAAGGAGCUGCAUUAACAAGUUCAUUUUAAAAUUUGAUGAUUGGAUCAUUGAUGGUUGUCGAGACAAAGAAUCCCCUAGUGCAAGUAUACAUUGGCAACAAGUAGUAUAAAAUUUAUACAUUUCAAGUAUCAAAUCCCAAGAGGAUUACAAAAUUUCAAUUCACAAAUAAAGACCUCCUCAAAGUUUGAAACCGAGGUAACCAAAAUAGAAUGAUUGGAUUGGUUGUUUUGGAAAGAAAAAUAAGUAGUAGGAGCAAUGAUGAUGGCAAAAACAAAAGAAAUAGAAAAGAAAGAGGAAUUUUUUCUCUAGUUUUUUUUCCCCUCUUCUUCCCUCUAAAAUGUAAGCUUCGUUUGGGGAAGGUUUUAGUGGAUAAGAAGGUUUUUUCAUUCCAAAAGUGUGGGAAAUGGUAGAAGUUAUUGUGGAAUGUAGGGAAGAUUGAACUAGAGCUGGGCACUUUGGCGUGGGCAAGGGAUUGUCUGGAUUCAACAAAGAGUUCUGCAAAAUCCUCAAUAUUUUUGGGAAAGAAGGCUAAAAUUUGCUGUAAUUUUUUUAUUAUUAUUUUUUAGAUCCUUUCAAACAAAGGAGGAAACUUUGCUUUGAGGAUCUUUAUUUGAGAAGGUAGAGGAUCUUUAUUUGAGAAGGUCAAAAAGGGAAAGGAUGGAGUGCUAUAGUCGAUGUAAUCUCUGGGCUUCUCCCAUCCUCUGCUUCAGUCUCAAGAAGAGGAAGUUCAGUUUCAAAAAGUGAAAGUUGAAAGUUGUUGAAUGGUCAGUUGGACCAAACAUGGAGUGUAGUUCACAACUCUACUCUCUCCAACUCCAACUUCUUGAGCCAAAAACCCCCUUAGAGACUCGAUUGGGGAGUUCCUCCUCUUACCGCCGUUAAGGUUCAACGAAGCCACAAAGAGUCGAACAAAAAGUAGAUUGGGACAUGAGUUUCCCUUAAGGAUGACCAUGAUCAAGUGUAAAUCAUGGUGCCACACAGUUGGAGAAGUAUGACUAUGACAUUAUGUACCCUAUGUCUAAAGUAGAAAACAAAGUCCUAUGCCUAGACUCUUUUUCUAUAUUACUUUUAUGAAAAUAGCUUAUUAUCCAACCUUUUCGAACAUUAGAUUCCACACUCGCUAACCUAAGUGAUUAUUUUAGAUUAAUAACAAGAAUUAUGCUCAAUGGAAGCAAACAGUGCUAAGUGUUGAGGAAAGUUGCUAUGUCACAACUGGAACUUUUCCUCCCAUCUUAGGGCAUUCACAUAUUUUGAAUCUCAAGGAGCUUAGCUCAUAUUAAAAAAAAAAAAAAAGAAAUACAUGCUAUAAAAGAGACAAAAUUCCCAUUUAUGAAUAAACUGAAAAAUUAAAAAGAAU